UAUUGAACCGAAAGAAGAUGAUCGGAAUUACCAUCAACUUGAUAGACUUGAAAACAAAGCAGAAGCGCCAACGAAUUCCACCUCUAGUCCUCGCUGUUACACAAAAUCCCAAAAAUUGUCGUUCGAUUCAAUCAUCAUCUACCAUUUUCUCUCUCUAGGGUUUAUAAUAAUACAUAAGUUGACGUAUAGAUCGGCCAAUUGAGUUCUAAGUUCUCUCUCGGAGUGGAGGCAGAUUCGUCUAAUUUCUGCAAAUUUGUCGAAUCGGUUUGAUCUCUGAGAUAAUUGAUUCCAAUUAGGGUUCAAAAGAGAUGGGUAGUCCUAAGAAAAACGAAAGCAAGGGUUUCUUUUCGGCGAUGACUUCGGGAAUUUCAAUGUUCGGGAACGCCAUGCAGAGAUCUGUCAACGGAUUUCUAGGCUACGAAGGGGUGGAAGUUAUAAAUCCAGAGGGAGGCAAAGAAGACGCAGAGGAGGAAGCUCAAAGAGGAAGAUGGAAGCAGGAGGAUCGAGACAGUUACUUUAAGAUGAUGCAGAAGUAUAUAGGCUCGGAUGUGACGUCAAUGGUGACACUUCCAGUCCUUAUAUUUGAGCCAAUGACAAUGCUUCAAAAAAUGGCAGAGUUAAUGGAGUACUCCCACCUCUUAGAUCAGGCAGAUGAAUGUGAGGAUCCCUACAUGCGGUUGGUUUAUGCUUCAUCGUGGGCAAUAUCUGUCUACUAUGCCUACCAACGCACCUGGAAGCCCUUCAACCCUAUUCUUGGUGAGACUUAUGAAAUGGUGAAUCAUGGUGGGAUUACAUUCAUUUCUGAGCAGGUGAGUCAUCAUCCUCCAACGAGUGCUGGGCAUGCUGAAAAUGAGCACUUCACUUAUGAUGUUACAUCAAAAUUGAAAACCAAAUUUUUAGGAAAUUCAGUGGAUGUCUACCCUGUUGGAAGAACACGUGUAACUCUUAAGAGAGAGGGUGUAGUCCUGGAUUUGGUGCCACCUCCCACCAAGGUUAACAAUUUGAUAUUUGGACGAACUUGGGUGGAUUCACCAGGGGAGAUGGUCAUGACAAAUUUGACUACUGGGGACAAAGUUGUGCUAUACUUCCAACCAUGCGGUUGGUUUGGAGCUGGUCGAUAUGAAGUGGAUGGUUACGUUUAUAAUGCUGCUGAGGAACCUAAAAUAUUGAUGACUGGCAAAUGGAAUGGGUCAAUGAGUUAUCAACCAUGUGACAUGGAAGGGGAACCCUUUCCAGGAACAGAACUGAAAGAGGUUUGGCGAGUUGCUGCUACUCCAGAAAAGGACAAAUUCCAGUACACACAUUUUGCACAUAAGAUAAACAGCUUUGACACUGCUCCUAGGAAGUUGUUAGCGUCAGAUUCUCGUUUGCGCCCUGAUAGAUAUGCGCUUGAGAAAGGUGAUCUAUCUAUGGCUGGAGCUCAGAAGAGCAGUCUGGAGGAGAGACAGAGAGCUGAAAAGCGAAAUCGAGAGGCAGAGGGACACCAGUUCACACCAAGAUGGUUUGAUCCAACUGAUGAAGUUACACCUACACCUUGGGGGGACUUGGAAGUCUACCAGUACAAUGGCAAAUACACGGAACAUCGGGCUGCAGUAGAUAGCUCAGAGAGCAAUGAUGAGAAUGACGUCAGAUCAACAGAGUUUAACCCAUGGCAGUAUGGUAAUUUGUCUGCCGAAUGAGGUAUACUCGUUCGUGUGGUUUGGAUUCUUCAAUCGCUUAAUAGAACUUUCUGCAUUGCGUGGAAGCUCUCUGUUGUUUGUUGCCAUGUGUACAUUGUCUUCGGUUUCAUAAUCUUAUUAUCUCAGUUCAAUCCGGCACACGCUGGUGGGAUUUCUUAGUGCUCUGUACUUUUUUUUCGGUCAAAAAAUCACUACUCACAAGCUAUUCUGAUAAUCCUAUGUUGUACCUUCUCAAGAUUGGUUUGCUUGUCCAUUCAGUUUGUGUAGAGCACAUGCGAAAAUACAGAAUAAUCUAGUAGAUAAACUUUUCAGCCUUCUGUAAUUUACACUGUUCUAUAUGUAUGAUGUAUUGUUUACUCAAAUUAGUCCUUUUCCUUCA